AGUAAUUACAGUUGGCUAGAUUUCUGUUAAGUACUGCUUCCUGGGAGAUUUCACCUCUGUCGCUUUGUCAGAGAGAAUGACAAAACUGGAAUACAUACGUAUACAUCUUUUUAAUUAAACAAUCCUGACAAGGAUACAAUAUAUCAGUAAGGCUUUAUGAAAGCAAUACUGUGCAUUAUACACACUGCCACGGUGACUAUUCAUUUACAUGCUUACAGCUUCAACUCUGCUGUCACUUUCAGGAAGUAGAGAAACCACCUGGAGACAAUGACACCGGCAGACUGUCCUCACCUGCUCUUGGGCAGAAUUCGCUUCUUACUAGAGUGUAUUGAAUGUUUCAAAGAGACUAGACCUCUUCCUGAAUCUCUCUGUUAUGUGCCUAAAGAAAAAUAUUACGAGAUAUGCAAGGACAAUAAUUCUACGUUAUCUGCAGGGAAGAGAAUUUUCCCAGUCUGGGAAUUACCACGCCAUUACAAAGGUAUCAAAAAACCCUUCCGGUUUAACAUUGAGGUGGAAAGAGGUAGCUGUAUUUGUGCCACAGGAGAGGAAUACUUGAACAGCUAUGGGCUGUGGGUCAGAAUGAACAAAGAACAACUAAAAAAAUAUAAACUUGGCUGUGACCUGGAGGAAGGCUGGAUUUUACUGAUUGAAUGUACAGAAACAUGUAAUAGAUUAGUCCCAUGUGAAUCAUUAGACCAGAUUCAGAAUCAACAGCUACUGUAUGGUUAUGAUUACAAACCAUUUAACAGGUGGGAAGAGGUAGUGGAUGCAAAAUACUCCUAUUCCAUUGGGCUGAAGAAAAAAAUUGUAGAGCUGGAUGAAGUGGCAGUGGAAAGGAUGAGGUAUACUCCACCAAACUGGACAUAUGAAUGUGAUGAAGAUCUUAUCCAUUUUUUAUCCAGCACUAUAGGAAGUGAUGAGAAAAGCCGUCUCAAUGAAUACAUUGAUAAGAUCGAAGUUUCAUCUUAUGAGGAUAAAUUAUACAGUGAGUACUUGACAGAUGGCUCUACUGAUACUUACUGGCAAAGUGAUAGUUGUGAAAAACCUCACUGGAUACGUUUGCACCUAAAGAAAGGUGUAACUAUCAGAAAACUUAGUUUAAUAUUUGCAUCAACUGAUGAAUACUACUUGCCAAGACUGAUAGCCGUGUACUGGAAGCAGGACAAUGACUUGAAGAAACUCAGUGAAAUCAGCAUUAAAGAAUUUCCAAUUACAGAAAUUUCUGUUCUGGAAAAUACAUCUCCCUUUAUGUCUGUAAUAGAAAUCCACCUCCUGGAAUGCAAAGAAGGACUGAGAGAUGUCCAGAUCAGGGGAAUAAAUAUCACAUCUUCAUCACCUUUUGUGGCCUUAAGUAUGGAUGUGUUCCAAUCAGAUAAUCUCAUUCAUUAUCCACGUCUUGAAGGAAUAGAUCCUGAUAUGUUGUAUCGACGUGCCAUUGCCAUUCAGAGGUUCGUAAUGGUGCUGGAUAAUCUGCUAACUCACAUUGUCCCUACCUGGAAUUACACUGUAGGCACCUUUCUUCAGCUUAAGUACAUCAAGCAAUUUUUACUGCUGUCCAAAUGUCGUUCUGCACUCAUUUCUCAGUUACUGGAGGAGUCAGAAAGCAAUAAGCCAUCUACUUUACCCACUGUAAUUAUUAACAGAAGGCUAGCCAUAAAGCAACUUGAAAAUGUCUCCAAUAACCACAACUACAACAAUACUGUCUUCUGUCAGAUUUAUGAUGACCUGAAGCUUUCAAAAAGCUGUCACUCAUUCGAUUACAGGUGGCCUUCAGAAUAUACUCAAUGGUGGGAGUGCAAAUUUGUCUCAGAGGGCAUGGUAGAUCACGGUGGGGGCUUCCGUGAAAGCAUUUCUACUAUUUCAGAGGAGCUGUGUCCAAGUUCAAUGGAUAGUCCAGUACCACUGCCUUUCUUUGUGAGAACAUGCAAUCAGACUAAUAAUACGGGUGAGAGCAGGGAUAGGUAUGUCCCAAACCCUUCCUGUAAAGACUAUGCUAAAUAUGUUUGGAUUGGUCAACUCAUGGGAGCUGCAUUCAGAGGGGAGGAAUUCCUGGCCCUGUCAUUACCUGCUAUCAUUUGGAAACAGCUUUCAGGAGAAACAGUCAGCUGGAGAAGAGAUUUCCCAGCAGUGGAUUCCAUGCUGGUAACACUGCUAGAAACACUGGAGACCAUGGAUAAGGAGGCAUUUGAGUUUCAGUUUGGCAAUGAACUGAACUACACAACAAUGCUUAGUGACCAGAACGUAGUAGAACUAAUACCAGGGGGCAGCCACAUCCCUGUUAAGUAUGAAGACAGGAAAGAGUUCAUUCAACUGGUGCAGCAAGUCAGACUGCAAGAGAGCAAGAUACAGAUUGCAGCGAUACAAACUGGACUGCUCAGGGUGGUACCACGCAUUGUUUUCACUCUUCUAACUUGGCAGGAGUUAGAGAAAAAAAUCUGUGGUGAUCCAGAGAUUACAGUUGAGGCUUUAAAACAAUCAACUGAAUAUGCCGGUAUUGAACCAACUGAAAAUCGAAUACAAUACCUUUGGGAGGCCCUGACGAACUUCACCAAUGAGGACCGUAGAUGCUUCUUGAGGUUUAUUACUGGCAGAAGUCGACUUCCUACUAACAUAAUAAUUCACCGAGGAAAAUUAGAGUAUGAUGAUUGUACCAAAGAUUUAGAUCUCUUCCCAGAGUCCUCCACUUGUUGCAAUACUCUCUUCCUCCCGGAUUAUCCAAGUGCAAAGUUGUGUGAAGAAAAACUUCGUUAUGCAAUAUAUAACUGUGUGACAAUAGAUGCAGACGAUAUUCCAGAAUAUUGAAGGCUGAGGGCUCAUAGGAAAUUGCCUUCAUCAACAAUGUGGACUCAGAAAUUUGUCCACACAUGGUUUUUCAGCAUACUGAACUGCAUAUUGGCAUAACAUACUUACAAGUGGAAAAAAGUGAAUGACUUAGGCAAUAAAUCUCUUGUCUAAGAUAUCUCUAAUGGCUUUGCUCUCUGUACAAUGAUUACAGGAAUAAACAUUUUGUGAGACAUGUUACACAAAGGAUCCAGUUUGCUUUUUAAGCCAAACAUAUUUCCCUUAUUCCUACAAGUUAAAGGAGUAUGGUUUUCAACUUUCUGAUUAAUAGCUUAACUAGUAUAUUCAUAGCAUUUACAAGUGGAAAUGCAUUCAGUCAGAUGUUAAAAAUGAAUGUGAAUAAACAAACCUUUGCUGUGCACAUAUAUGUUUUGCCUCCUGUGCUCUGUUGUAUUCAGCUCCCAUGGUGUAGCCUCAUUGGUGUGUAACAAUGCCACAUGUGAAAAGGUUUAAGUGCAUGGUUGACAGAGUGUUGGACUGUGAGGGUAGGAGUGAGGUCUUACCUUUGGGGAUGGUUCCUCACUGCAGGAUUGUCCUCUUAUGGAGGCUGUAGAACCUUCCCAAGGUUAUAAAAAAUGAGAACAGUUUUUAUUGCACCCGUGAUGUGUGAUGUUGCAUGAACAAGCUGUCAUGAAAGGAGAUGCUACCAGUCCAGCUAGCUGGAAUUAUGUCAUUUGUGAAUAUCAACAUGAUUUAUAUAGACGUGUGACAA